CCUAUAUUCGAUAAGCUCUCCCUCUCCCUUUUCCCUUAUCGGCUCCCCGGGGUUCUUGCCUAAACCGAGGCAUGGCGAAAACAAGCAAGGGCCGCCAAAAGAUCCAGAUGGUCAAGAUGGACAACGACAGUAACCUCCAAGUCACCUUCUCAAAGCGCCGUUCUGGCCUCUUCAAGAAAGCCAGCGAGCUCUGCACUCUCUGUGGUGCGGACAUCGCGAUCAUCGUCUUCUCCCCCGGUGAUAAGGCCUACUCGUUCGGCCACCCUUGCGUGGAGAGGGUCCUGGAGCGUUUCCUCAAUGGGGACAAUAACUAUAACCCUAAUUCCGACCAACAGAUCUCCGCGGGCACCCUCCAGUUCAUGGAGAUGCAGAGGAACACCACCCUGCGCGAGCUGAACCAUCAGCUGGGGCAGCUGCUCGCCCAGCUGGAGGUUGAGAAGAAGCGCAGCGAGGAGCUCAAGCAGAUGAUGAGGGUGACCCAAGUGCAAAGCCGCUGCAAGGGCACGAUCGAUGAUCUCAGCCCCUCAGAGCUGGAGCAGCUGAAGGCCUCCCUUGAGGAGCUCAAGAAGAACGUCAGUAGGCAGGCUGAGAGGGUUCUCGCCCAGGCUGCCAACCCACCACCGUUCUUCGGUGCAGCUGGCCCAAAUGUCGCCGGGCCAAGUGCGGCCGUCAUUCCCUAUGACAUGAACAAUAAUAUUGGAGUUUUCAACAUCGGUGGAGGGUUCAGUGCAGGUGGAGGGUUUAAUGGUGCAUUGAUCCCCAACAUCCCAUAUAACUAUCCUUUUGGACGAUAUUAUUGAAACCCUAGCUGACUAGCUAGCUAUGGUUUGUUUAUGUACAGGCCCCAAUGCAAACAGUUUAGUGUCUGUGUCUCUUUUUGUUAUGUUUGUCCAAUGUGUAUGUCUCUCCAUUUAGUUUGUGUGUUUGUCGUAUGUUUUAUGUCUUUAAUCUAGUUCAUGUUGGAUUGAUUGAUAAAAAUGUUGUUUCUGGAUCGUUCCAGUUAUUUUACGUGUGGGCCUUAUUAUG